GAUGGCUUCUUGCCAGUUUACAAAAAGCAGAGUGAAAGUCUUAACUAUCAGCUUCUUUGCCCGAGAAUUUCUAUCAAUUUGCCUGCUAUUUCAAUCAAGGACGUUACAAAACUUUGAUUAAAUUUCUUCCUUUCUGAGGGAGGGUGAGGAACAACUAGGAACGAGGUGCAUGUAUCCUUUCUUAGGCGUCCCCGUUCUUCCUCCCACCCCCCACACUCCCCAUCGAAAACAAUCCGACAUCUCUGAUGCUGCACGUAGGCAGAGCCUGGCUGGACAGAAAACAAAGAGGGCUGCAUGUGCUCAUGCUCCUGGGUGCAAGAUCCAGAUCUGGGAGGUCGAAGGGACCGGGUUCUGGUUCUGGCUCUGGCUGUUCUGCAAGAGUUGAAGAAUAGUUUCUGGAAGGUUUUUUGUUCCCCCACCCUCUCGUGGGGAAACUUUGGCUGUUCAAACUACUUACUCUAAGGUGCCAUACUGGGUGCAUGGAGGAGUAGGCGUGUGGCUUUACUUUCAGGCAGAGAGGAAGGAAGCUUCCCAGUCCUCCGUUUAAAUAUAACUCCAGGAGCUCUAGCAGUGACUAAGAUUAUGUUUGAGUUUCCGUACUUGCCUUUUAAAAAGGUUCUUUUAGAUGGCUACCAUUGCUUCCUUGGAUCUAUGUGUAUGGGAGGUCUGUUGAUUUGCUUUUGAAGUCGAACUGUUGCCAUGUUUGAAUUACGUCAGGGUAAAGCCAUGAGGAGGAACAAGUCUUAGCAGCGCGGCACAGCACAGCCAGUACAGUAUGGAAGAUGAAGGAACGGCCUGUUGGACUCCAUGAGCACAGAUGCUGGAGUGGCUUUUGGAAUGACUGGGGCACCAGACUAGAAUCGACUUUUGGGAAAAGGCUACUGCCAAGAAGACAAAAUGUUUGGUUUCCACAAACCAAAGAUGUACAGAAGUAUAGAGGGUUGCUGUAUUUGCAGAGCCAAGUCCUCCAGUUCUCGUUUCACUGAUAGUAAACGCUACGAGAAGGAUUUCCAGAGUUGCUUUGGGUUGCAUGAAACUCGUUCAGGAGACAUCUGUAAUGCCUGUGUGCUUCUGGUGAAAAGAUGGAAAAAGCUACCAGCAGGAUCAAAAAAAAACUGGAAUCAUGUGGUAGAUGCAAGGGCUGGACCCAGUCUAAAGACUACAUUAAAGCCAAAGAAAGUAAAAACUCUUUCUGGAAAUAGAAUAAAGAGCAACCAGAUCAACAAAUUGCAAAAGGAAUUCAAACGACACAAUUCUGAUGCUCAUAGCACCACUUCAAGUGCCUCCCCAGCUCAAUCCCCAUGUUACAGUAAUCAGUCUGAUGAUGGCUCAGAUAUGGAGAUCAGCUCUGGGUCUAGCAGAACACCAGUCUUUUCCUUUUUAGAUCUCACCUACUGGAAAAGACAGAAAGUAUGCUGUGGGAUUAUCUACAAAGGGCGUUUUGGGGAAGUUCUAAUAGACACACAUCUAUUCAAGCCCUGUUGUGGAAAUAAAAAGGCAGCUGCAGAACAACCAGAGGAGCAGAGACCAGAAUCUCUGCCUGUCUCUAAUCAGGAGGAAUGGUGACUUUAAUGUUUCUCAAGAAGGGGGACUGAGAAUUAGUAUAGGAAAGGCAACAAAAUGACCCUCUUUAUUUCACUUGGACACUUACUAUCCUGCCAAAAGACAAUUUCUAGAAUGGUUUUAAAGUGGGUUUUUUUUUUAAUUUGUUUUCAUUUUUUUCUCCACUUAAACUCUGAAGCCAGUGUCUAUCUUACUAAAAAAAAGAUUGUACAUAAUAUUUAAGAUGCUACGUAUUUGAUAGGAAAGCUGAAUGCUGCUGUAAAAUGCUCUUUGGGUUGUUAACUGUUUUUUAAUCCCUUCUUAAUAAAUGAACAUUGAGGGGGAUAUAGAGAGCAGAAAUGGGAUUUUUGUAUAAACAAUAUGUAGUUUAGUCUUUCUCUAUUGAAAAACAGUGAUUAGGCAUUUUAAGUGAGUGAUAAACUUUGUUUUCCUUUGUGAAAACAAAUCUGACAGAUUAGUAAAAAGACUUAAAUACCAGAGAGGCAUUUGAAAACAAUUCUGAAACACGAAAGUCUUGCAAAGGUUGUGAUGAUUUAAACCUAUACUACUGAGUAAUUAAGCAGGACAAACUGUACCUUCUAGUGCAGAUAACUUGGAGGAGUUAGCAUUCCUUAAAUUUAAGACAAAGAGAAACCUGUUUAUUUGUAUUGCUUCCUCCCUCUUGUAGUAGUAUAAGAAAAUAGUAAUUUAUAGGAAUUGGGGAACAAAAAACCACAGGUCCUCCUGGAGAUGUAUCAAGUCUUGGGAAGAAUGACUAGGGCUUAAUCUUCCUGUAUCUAAGUAUGGAAGCAUCACUGCAUGGGUAGAGAAUACACUGUAUAUACUGAUUGUUAAAAGUAAUAGUCCAUCUUAAUGAAACAAUUAUGCAUAUCUGCAGGAUUGUGCAAAACAUAAGGGUUAAUGCUUCUGGGCACAUUUCCUAGGGAAUUUCACAUCUGUAAAUAAUUGACCUUUUUCUUCUAUAUUAUAUAUAACUCUUGUCUAUAGGUUGCUUAGUGACUACAUCAAAGACCUGCAUGAUUCAGUUUUAGCUCUGGAUUAUUUCAGUUGACCUUUGUGAAGGUUUCACCUCCAUAGGUGGGCAUUUAACUUGUUUUAACCUCUUGGGAUAUAUUGCAGUGCACUGCUACAAAUUUUGUCUUUUUUUUUUUUUUUAAUGUUUAAUAUUGACUUCCACUAGGAAGGAAAAGGUGUUGGGAAAUAGAAUGGGUUUGUAUUUUAUUUCUAAUUCAAGCUUUCCAAACAUUGCAAUGUUAAGGAUAAAAUAAAUGCUGCAACAUGAUAUUCUUCAGUUCUAAAAUGGUUUCAAGAAAAACAUUUCCUGUUUGAAUCCACUGCAUGUUCAUCACACUGACAAAAACCUCUUUAUGAGAAUGUUCUAAAUUUUGAGAGUAAAUUCAACAUGUUCUACCAAAUCUGUGCAGAAAGUGAAAAUAAGAGGAGUGUUUUGUUUAUCUUGUACCAUGAUGUGGUGCUUCCUUAAAGACUGGAUUUUGUACGUUUGAUAGUAUAAACAAUAUAAGAAUGAGGAGUGAGCCAUUUUUAUGGGCCCCCUAUAGUUUUUUAGAUUUCCACCAUUAGUUAAUACACUCCUCCUUUUGGAGAAAAGUAUACCUAUUUCAUACUCUCCAUGCACAUUACUGUAUGAUAAAAUGGCUAGAUUAUCUGUAUGGAGCUACAGUAUUUGAAGUGCAUGCAUGAGUCCUAGCCAUUGACAUUUUCUUCCUGAGUUCUUUUGAAAUGGUUUUUUUUUGUACAUUUUUAAUGACUGCAGUAUGGUAGAAUAUACUAUAAUAUAGAUCAUCUCUACUUCUGUAUUUAUUUAUUUAUUGCUGAACCUCAUCCACAGUCAUCUUCACCCUCCUCCAUCUGUUCCUUUGCCUGUAGGAUAUAAUGUAUGUAGUCAUGCACUUUGUAUUAAUGUAUUAGAAACCUUCCAAUCUGUUUUGUACUUUUUAUACUGUUCAUAUACUUAUAAUCAAAACUUUUCCUAGGAUGUUGAAUAAAUUUAGUCUUAUUUAGAAAA